AUGAACACUAGAGCUGCUUCUCAUUCCGGCACUUGGUACUCCUCGAAUCCACGGAAACUUUCCCAAGAGCUCGAUCACUGGCUCUCGCUCGCUAUAUCUGCCAACAAGACCAGAUCGUGCCCUGUGACGAAUGCCCGCAUAAUCAUUGCACCGCAUGCAGGCUAUGCGUACUCGGGUGCUGCCGCUGCUUACGCCUAUGCCGACCUUGAUAUAACCCAGGCCACGCAGCGCAUAUUUCUCCUUGGACCCUCGCAUCACCUGUAUCUCACUCGAUGCGCUCUUACUUCCUUCACGUCCUACAAUACUCCUUUAGGCGAACUUCCUAUCGAUACGGAAACCGUGCAUGCCCUACAUGCCACGGGAAAAUUUGACACAAUGGCACCCGACACUGAUAAAAACGAACAUAGUCUCGAAAUGCACCUGCCUUAUAUUUUUAAAUUGAUGUCACGCAUUCAUAGAUCAUCCGCCCAAUAUCCGCGUCUCGUGCCUAUACUUGUUGGUAACACGUCUGUUAUGUCUGAACGAGAAUAUGGUCAGUUGUUGGUACCCUACCUAGCUGAUCCUUCGAAUCUGUUCAUCAUUUCUUCUGAUUUCUGUCACUGGGGACUUCGGUUCGGCUAUACAUAUUAUAUACCCGAGUCAAGCGAUGAAAGCGCUGGAUACGAGCUCAACCUGCGUGACAAAACCCCAACCCGGCCUUACAUCCAUGAGAGCAUAGAAAGGCUAGAUCGUGGUGCGCUAGAUGCCAUCGAAAGCGGAUCACAUAAGCUAUUUUGGGAAAAUCUUAAUAAAACGGGGAAUACUGUAUGUGGAAGGCAUCCAAUUGGAAUUAUCUUAUCUUCCCUAGAAGCUCUAGGUAAAUGGAAAAAAGAACAACUAAAGGAAGCAGAUUACAACUCUAUUGAAACACUAGCACCAGGAUCAAUUCUAAGCCCUGAUAACACUGUUCAAAGGCAACGCGUAUUUAAAUUCACCAGGUAUGAGAGAAGCAGUGAUGUAGUUGACGUAGAUGAUUCUUCUGUUAGCUAUGCGAGUGCGUUCGCAACGAUUUAA